CGUACCCCACGGGCUUGUGCUGAGGUGACUCCAGAGGGGCCGGGCCGGACUGAGGGGUGCUUUUGCGCGCGGAGCGACUGAGGGAACAGGAUCUGGUCCCUGAAGAGGCCAGCGUGAGAGGCAGCAGCGUUUUUGGUUGAGCGUGGAAAAGCCUUCUCUGAGAGCCUGCCUGGAGACAGGUGUAAGGCUUGAAGCCUGGUCAUCCAGGAAGCUGGACAAUGGCAGCUGAAGAGCCAGCAGUUACCACUCCCCUCAGCCCUUUGGUUCAAGUACCUCAAGAAGAGGAAGAUGAGCAGGCAGAGGUCACCACCAUGAUCCUGGAGGAUGAUUCCUGGGUUCAGGAAGCCGUGCUGCAGGAGGAUGGCCCUGAGUCUGAGCCCUUUCCCCAGAGUGCUGGAAAGGGCAGCCUCCCGGAGGAGGGUGCAGCCGGGGGACCUCAGGGUGCGCUUAUCCGAUUUCGGGAGCUCUGUCGGCGCUGGCUGAGGCCAGAGGUACACACUAAGGAGCAGAUGCUAACCGUGCUGCCAAGGGAAAUUCAGGCCUGGCUGCAGGAGCAUCGGCCUGAGAGCAGCGAGGAGGCUGUGGCCCUGGUGGAAGACUUGACCCAGACUUUUCGAAACAGGGACUUUGAGAUACAGAGUGAGAAUGGAGAAAACUCAAGUCAAGACAUGUUUGAGGAUGUGGAAUCACAGGGGAUGUUCUUGAAAAUACCCAGAGGGGAACGUGGUCAGCAAUCCGAUGGGGAGAGCGACUUUGAGAGGGACUAUGGUUCUGGGGGCACCCAGGGAAAUGCCCCCAGCAAGGACCACAGGGAUGUACCUUCCCGAGGAAGGGAAGUUGGCCAGCUCAUAGGCCUUCAGGGCACCUACCUGGGUGAGAAGCCUUAUGAAUGCCCUCAGUGUGGGAAAACUUUCAGCCGGAAAUCCCACCUCAUCACCCACGAGCGGACCCACACAGGGGAGAAAUACUAUAAGUGUGAAGAAUGUGGGAAGAGCUUCAGCGACGGUUCAAACUUCAGCAGGCACCAAACGACACACACCGGAGAGAAGCCUUACAAAUGCAGGGACUGCGGGAAGAGCUUUAGCAGGAGUGCAAACCUGAUCACCCACCAGAGGAUCCACACGGGCGAGAAGCCUUUCCAGUGUGCCGAGUGUGGCAAGAGCUUCAGCCGGAGCCCCAACCUCAUCGCGCACCAGCGCACGCACACGGGCGAAAAGCCGUACUCGUGCCCCGAGUGUGGGAAGAGCUUUGGCAACCGGUCCAGCCUUAAUACUCACCAGGGAAUCCACACCGGAGAGAAACCCUAUGCGUGUAAGGAAUGCGGCGAAAGCUUCAGUUACAACUCCAACCUGAUUCGACACCAGAGAAUCCACACCGGAGAGAAACCAUACAAAUGCACCGACUGCGGACAGAGGUUCAGCCAGAGCUCCGCGCUCAUCACCCACCGGAGAACGCACACGGGAGAAAAACCCUAUCGGUGCAGCGAGUGCGGCAAAAGCUUCAGCCGCAGCUCCAACCUGGCCACGCACCGGCGAACGCACAUGGUGGAGAAGCCCUACAAGUGCGGGGUGUGCGGGAAGAGCUUCAGCCAGAGCUCCAGCCUGAUCGCGCACCAGGGCGUGCACACGGGCGAGAAGCCCUACGAGUGCCUUACGUGCGGGGAGAGCUUCAGCUGGAGUUCCAACCUCAUCAAGCACCAGCGGAUCCACACCGGGGAGAAGCCCUACAAAUGCGGCGACUGUGGGAAGGGCUUCAGCCAGCGCUCGCAGCUGGUGGUGCACCAGCGGACGCACACGGGUGAGAAGCCCUAUACGUGCCCCAUGUGCGGCAAGCGCUUCAGCCGGGGCUCCAUUCUGGUGAUGCACCAAAGAGCCCACUUGGGAGAUAAGCCGUAUAGGUGUCCUGAGUGCGGGAAAGGCUUCAGCUGGAAUUCCGUGCUCAUUAUACACCAGCGAAUUCACACCGGAGAGAAGCCCUACAAAUGCCCCGACUGUGGCAAGGGCUUCAGCAAUAGCUCCAACUUCAUUACACACCAGAGGACUCACCUGAAAGAGAAGAUUUACUGAAGUGCAGUCAAGUGGAGGGAGAUGCUGGAGCUGACUCUGAGCUUUCCCCAGUGCCCCCAAUGUCGUCCCUUUAAAAAGCCGUUUUUCCUAAAUGCCCGGUGGGAGUUCUUGCCAGAACCAUACUGUUUGUCCUCAUUUCCAGGUAUUUGUUAUGUUAGAGUCCUGUGCAGUUCCCGAAUGGAGUGUAGGAGCGGAAGGUUGUAGGUGGGGUCUUUAUAUUGUAUUUCAUGAUUUGAUUGCCCCCCUUUACUUUCCUCUGUGCUUCUGUUCCCUUGAAAUGGGGAUCUAUUUCUCCAUAUGGGAUGACAGUUUGUUUGCAUCCGAGCUGAGCCCUCCAGGAAAUACUGGACCCUAUUGUGUGCUUCUGAUUGUUGGCUAUCACCUUGUCCAAGUAGGUGCCUUUACCCUAAGCUGCCAGCAUUGCAGGCUCCCCUGCCUGUGUCAGGCUCCACUCCUGCUGGCUUUGUGUCAGGUCAGGACGAUGGCUGUCCAAUUUGGAAUCAUCUGUGUGCGGGCAUAGUUUCAGAAAGUGUCCAGAACACAGUUUGGGCAAGUAUGGCCUGGAACUGAUGUCCCAGCGGGUAAGAGGGACAGUGACUGCCAGGAAAUGUGUCCACUUAGAUUCGUGUGCCUGCUUUUGUGUCUGCACAGUCCUAUAUCAGGUUGGCUGUGUGGGGCGCACACUCAGACACAUAGAGUUUCUGUUUGGAGCUUGACCCCAACCUCCGGCUAUCUGAUAGGUGAACCGGUGCUGUGUGCUGUGAGCCAUGUACGCAUUUCUGAGUCACCCUGUAUACUUGUGAACUUGUCUGCUCCCUGUCCAUAGUUUACACACACACACA